UUAAUCGUCAAAAUUCCAUUUCUUAUCUUAAGUCAGGGUGUUUCUUUCUUUUUUUCCUUCCCACUUCCUUUCCCAGGUUAGUCCAACGGAAAACAACGACAACAGUAAAAAGAAAAGAGAAAAAAACAAGGAAGACAAAACAACAACACUGGACAAGAAAAAGGAAAAAGAAAAAUAGUAAAACGGACAGCAGAAAUUCCAGAUCCAAAAAAGUCAACACUCUUCCUUCUUCUUCUUCUUCUUCUUCUUCUUCUUCUUCAGCUUUCUCCAUUUGUACCUUUCCUCUUUGCCUUCCUAUUCACUUCUCUCCUCCCCAGACGCCACCGCCUCCGCCGCCGACGGUGGCGCGCUUCUCCUCUUCCGCCGCCGGCAGACACCUUCUCUUCUCUUCUCUCUCACUCAUCUCCUUAUAUUAUUAUUAUCAUUUCAUUUUUUUAAAAGCUCAAGUAAAUUGUGAUUAUUUAAAUCCAGAACCUCCACAGCCCAACCCGGCAAACCACCACCACUGACCGUCACGUCUUUGCUUCUCCAAUCUUCCUCUUGCCUGCUUCCUUGGGUUUACCAUUUUACCCUUUCCUCUCUCUCUCUCUCUCUCUCUCCAAUUUCUUCUCCUUGCGCUUUUCCCUUUUCCUUGCAUUCUUCCUUCCCCUCCUUUUGCUUUCUCUGCUCCAAUGGAGACUGCUGCUGACACUAAUGACUUCCGCCUUCCGGCUCCACCUGCUUCCGCUUGUGACUCGGCCGAUCAGAGGAGGGAGAAUGGCGCUGAUUCUGGCGGCGGCGGCGGUUGUGUAGGAGGAGGAGCUAGGUAUAAGCUGAUGUCGCCGGCGAAGCUCCCGAUCUCCAGGUCUCCUUACAUCACCAUCCCUCCUGGGCUCAGUCCGACUUCCUUUCUCGAGUCACCGGUCAUGCUCUCCAAUAUGAAGGCAGAGCCGUCCCCGACUACAGGAUCUUUCAUCAAGCCUCAAACAGUGCAUGGCUCUUUCUUAUCUAAUUCCUACUCAGCAACUGCCGUUUCAUCUGACGCCUUUGGGGAAAGAGCAUCCAGCUUCUUUGAGUUCCGGCCUCCUUCUAUAUCAAAUAUGACUUCUGCAGAUAUGAAGAAUAAGAUGAGGGAACAAUCUGUACAACUCCAAGGCAAUUCUCAGUCUCAAUUCCAAUCAUUUUCAUCAUUGUCUUCACCUAAAGCGGAGAUGGCAGCCUCCUCAAAUGAGUUGAGUCUCCACAUAGCUACUUCUGGGGCUACUGCAACUACUGAAGCUGAUGAUGAUGAACAAAACCAGACAGGAAACCCGAGCUGUGGGCCCCAGGCCUCACAUUCUGAUCUUAAAGGAGGAACUGCAAGUUCAACGACAUCAGAGGAUGGAUAUAACUGGCGUAAAUAUGGACAGAAGCUUGUGAAAGGAAGUGAAUUUCCCCGUAGCUAUUACAAGUGCACACAUCCCAACUGUGAAGUGAAGAAGUUAUUUGAGCGCUCUCAUGAUGGGCAAAUAACAGAGAUUAUUUAUAAAGGCACACAUGACCAUCCUAAACCUCAACCUAGUCGCCGAUACGCUGCUGGAGCUCUUUUGACUGUGCAAGAAGAUAGAUCCGAUAAAAUAUUGUCUGGGAGGGAUGAAAAAUUGUCUGGUGCAUACAGCCAACUGUCCAACACCAUGGAACCAAAUGGUACUUCUGAAAUGUCCCCUGUUACAGCAACAGAUGAAAAUGCAGAAGGUACUGAAGAUGAUGACGAUCCCCUUUCAAAGCGCAGCAGGAAAAUGGAUACUGGGAGUUUUGAUGUCACUCCAGUGGUUAAGCCUAUCCGUGAACCACGUGUUGUUGUUCAAACUCUUAGUGAGGUCGAUAUACUCGAUGAUGGGUACAGGUGGCGCAAAUAUGGGCAGAAAGUUGUGAGAGGAAAUCCUAAUCCAAGGAGCUACUACAAGUGCACAAAUGUCGGAUGCCCGGUGAGAAAGCAUGUAGAGAGGGCAUCGCAUGAUCCAAAAGCAGUCAUCACUACUUAUGAAGGGAAACACAACCAUGAUGUACCCGCAGCUAAGAAUAGCAGUAGUCAUGAUGCAGCAGCAGCAGCAGCAGCUGCUGCGGCUGCGAUGAGCAGUAGCAGUCCAUUGAGGAUAAUAAGAUCAGACGAAAGCGACACAAUCAGCCUUGAUCUCGGAGUUGGAAGGGGUUCUUCUGCUGCUGCCGAGAACAGGUCAUCUGUCCACCACCACCACCAGCAGCCUUUCCACUCUGAACAUGGGCAGCAGACCGGCGGGCCCAGUUUCAGCAAAGCUGCAAUUUAUUAUGGUGGCAUGACCCAAUAUGCUUCAACUAGGCAAACUCCAAGCGAGGCUCGUAGCUCAUCUUACCCCUACCCACCAAAUAUGGGAAGAAUACUCACCGGUCCUUAGAAUCUUCUGUUCCCGGUGAAGCCAGCACAAUAAGAAAACUUCCCCUCCGACUGGUGAAAUUGAAGCAGCUGGUCGUGAAUCCAGAAUCGAAAGGAUUUCCCUAGUCGGUGUAAACCAUGCUGGUAUGGGUUGCUCGGUUUUUGCUUCGAGUCGGGGAAUCUGCUGGUGACUUGGAAGGGACUGGCUCAAAACACAGCACAUCCUUGGACGUGAGAUGAUCUGUGAUUGGGUUGACAAAGUUGUAAUGUAAUGAAAGCAGCGCUGUAUGUAUAUGGCCUUUUUUAUUGUUGUGAUGUAUACAUAUACUAUACUCAAAUAGUUUUACUCAAAUGGGAAAAAGACCAUCUCAGUUCUCAUUAGAGGGACUCUUAAUUUGUUACCCACAACUGGGAGAAGGAUAGUAGUGCUCCAUCUCUUCAACUCUAAGCUACGUCUAAAGCUAAUUACGAUUUCCAGCUGCUACCUAACUUUUUUUUUUGGUGUGUGAUGUCAUUGAAUCCCACUUUCUUUGUUGGGUUGGGUGGUGGCAAUUGGGAAAUGUUGGUGUUCAGUUCCACCUGUUUCUCUAUCUCCUUUUUGCCUCCGAACAGAUAUAUUAUUUAGUGUUUUCUGGAUGAACAAUUCUAAUGGCACGACCACUCAACCAU